AUGGAUUAUGAAGAUACCAGAGCACGCAUAGUGCAAGCCCGCGAGUCCGGCGAAUUUACCGAUUUUACAUUGGCAUGUGACGGCCGAGAUAUCAAGGUUCACAAGAUCAUCAUUUGCAGCCAAUCUCCAGUUUUUCGUGCAGCAUGUGCUGGUCAAUUCAAGGAAGCAUUCUCCGGUACAUAUAACUUGAAAUCACAUCAGCCUGAUAUGAUACAGCUUAUGGUCGACUACCUGUAUACGGGCGACUAUUCUAUCCACAUGAACGAACCUGACAAUCCCGACAAAACCAACACUGCAUCCAAUUCCGGUGCACUCUCGACUCAUGCGAUAAUGUAUGCUCUGGGGGACGAAUACGAUAUCAAAGGACUCAGAGAUCUAUCCGCUCGAAAAUACUCAUGGUCCCUGGAUGAGAACCUGGAACUCGACGAGUUUCUCAAUUCAAUCCCAUUCGUUUACACCAUGACUCCCGAUAGCUCAAGGGGUCUCCGUGACCCAGCCUUGGAGUUUGCCAGAAACAAGCUACAAGGUGCAGGGGGACAAUCUGAUAUCCGGGAGGCCUUUGACGAGCUACUCAUUGAGUGUCCCGAUUUCUUGAAAGAGCUUCUGUAUUACUGCGUUCAAGCUCCAUCCCUCGGAUACUGCCCCUGCACUGGCCCCCGGGAAAAAGUGCCAGUUGAGGCUGAAGGAUAUCGGUGCAAAGAAUGUGGCAGAGAAGGCGCAAGUCUUAGUAGGCCUGUUUAG